AUGUCAGUAGGAUUCAGGGGAGCAGUGGAUGGGAUUGGCAGAAUAACAGAAAGGAUUUAUUCUCUGGAUCUUUCUAUAGUGCCUGUGUAUAUUAAGGCCAGGAUGAACUCCCCAUCCUCGCUCAAGCUGUUGGCAAUAAGAAGUCUGCUGAAAGAUGAAGCCUUGGCUAUCUCGGCUCUGAAGACCCUGCCCAUGGAACUCUUCCCACCCCUAUUUCAAGGGGCCUUCGAUGGCAAACAAACAAAUAUCCUGAGGGCCAUGGUGGCAGCCUGGCCCUUCAGAUGCCUUCCUGUGGGAGCGCUGAUGAAGACUCCUGAACUGGAGAUUUUGAAGGCUGUGCUGGAUGGCCUUGACCUGCUGAUUAAGCAGAAGGAUCGACCGAGGAGUUGCAAACUAGAAGUGCUAGAUCUUCGGGAUGCACAGCAUAACUUCUGGAGUGUGUGGGCUGGAUCAGAGCAUGGGGGGUGCUCUCCAGAUGUCGUUAGUGAGAGUCAACCAGUGGUGAGUCUACACACACAACAUGGAAAACAGGCUGUGACUGUGAUGAUGAACCUUUCCCUCAAGUCCAGGUAUCUCUGUAAAUCCCUAAAAUAUUUCCACUGGUGGGCUAAGCAGAGGAAAGAUGUGCUGCAGGUUAUCUGUGAAAAGCUGGAGUUUGGGGCCCUCCCUGUCUAUAAGCCCCUAAAGCUGCUGGAGGUAUUUGAGCCAAGCUCUAUACAGGAGUUGGAAGUGAAUGCACGCUGGGACCUGAAAACCCUUGCGAUGUUUGCCCCUGGCCUGGGUCAGAUGAGAAACCUUCAGAAACUCCUUGUCAAUGAAAUCUUCACUCCUGUAGAAUGGAUUACUAACAGAGAGAUGAGAGAAUGGAGUUUUAGAGAGAUCAUUUCACAGUUCUUCCAACUCAACAAGCUCCAGCAUCUCUAUUUGAAUGGUUUCUUCUUCCUGAAUAAAAGACUGGACCAAGUGCUCAGGUACUUGGAGAGUCCCUUACAGACCCUUGCAAUCACAAACUGCACGCUAUCAGAAUCAGACAUGAGGUAUCUGUCACAGUGUCCAAGCGUCCUUCAACUCACAUAUCUGGAAAUUAGUAGUGUCACCUUUUCAGAUUUAAGUCAAGCACUUCUAGGAAGACUGCUAAAGAAACUGACAGCUACAUUGCGGACUUUAAAACUGAAGGGUUGUAUGCUCACGGACUACCAACUCGGUGACUUCCUCCCUGCCCUGAGCCAGUGUUCCCAGCUGGUUGAGGUGAAUUUUGUGAGGAACUUACUGAUUAUAUCCAGUCUUAAGAAGCUGCUGCAGCACACUGCUAACCUUAAAAAACUGACUCUGGAGAUGUACCCUGCCCCUGUUGAAGUCUAUGAUGACAAUGUUGAUGUUCUGCCACAAAGAUUUGCCCAACAUUGUUCUGGGCUCUUGGAAACACUCAGAGGUAUAAGAGAGCCAAAUAAGGUCUAUUUUUUCAGUAACAGAUGUCGACGUUGCCGGGAAUUCUGUGUCUAUGAACAGGAUGUCUCCCUAUGUUCAUUAUACAGCUGUAUACAUUUGUAUUUGGCGGCCACCGAGGAGGAACUGACGGCGUCCCGGCCGCUGCGGGAAGGGCGCCCUGAGUAUGACGGCGCGACCGGCGGCAAUGCGAGGGGGAGCUUCGUCUGCCUCCCUGGUGGUCUAGUGGUUAGGAUUCGGCGCUCUCACCGCUGCGGCCCGAGGUGGACUGGGUACGGACAGAGAGCGGCCGCCACGCCCUCGCCCCGCUCCCCGGCGGCUGCUCCGGCUCUUCCGGGCGGCGCCGCAGCCUCAGCCUGCUCCGGUCAACCGCCCUGCCUCCCCGUACGGGGCCCCGAUGGCCAGUUGCAUUGCUUGUAG